AUGAAUACGAACAAGGCGGACACCCCCGACGAGGAAGACAUCUUGAAAACCCAUCUCGAUCUUCUCGAUCACCAGCCUGAGCGCGAUGAGCUGAACGAGAUCAAGACCACUCCGGUCUUUACGGAAAGACCAGUUUGGUCUCUUGGCCGCCUGGCUCUCCUCCAACAAGGCCAUCAAGGUUCGCGUCCUGUGCCCCUGAAGCAGCGGCUCGACCCGCUCGAGUCUUUCAUGGUCAGUGCCCACGCCGACGGGUACACCAUGAAGGACACAAAGCCGCAACAGCAGAGCCAAAAGCCAAAGGAGAGCAAAGCCAAGGGCACCAACCGGGAGCCCCGGAGCGGCCAGCUCACCAUCGUCGACUUGUCCUGUCCGUGCGUCACGGCGGAGAUGGCUUGCUCCCUGUUCAACAUCUGCCUGUCACUGUUCCUCGAGCAAAAGGCCGACGAUGUUGGCCGAGUGAUUGCCCUGGACGAAGCACACAAGUACAUGACCAACAGCGCGGAAUGCCAGGCCUUGACAGAAUCCCUCCUGGCAACCAUCCGGCUGCAACGCCACCUAGGAGCGAGAGUCAUCAUCCCGACGCAGGAACCGACCAUCUCCCCCAAACUGUUGGACUUGUGCAGCGUGACGAUUGUGCACAGAUUCACCUCUCCCGACCGGCUGACCGCCUUGGGGAGACACCUGGCGGGGCGUGCAAUCUGGCGGGAGAUUAGUGGCCCAUCGCCAUUGAUUUCCUUCCUCCAUUAG